CUACUAAAUUCAGAAGACCCCAUAUCGCAUGCUGUUAUAGCGCACUGGCCGAACGUUGUAAUAUUCCGGAUAAAAACUUGCCUGCGUCGUUCGAGUCGUCCAACGCGAUUACACGAGGUGGGAACUGUGAGAUCGGUAUGGUAAAAGUGGCCUCUCAGUGCGAGUAUAUUUAUCUUAAAUAAUUAUAGAUAACGUUUUCUUCUAGUGUAAUGAUUUACCAAUACUGUGGUCAUUGGAACUAAACCGAAAUUCAAUAAUAAAAACGUCAAGAACAGUGCUGUCAAAAUACAGUGAAAAUAAAUAAAUAGGACUGAAAUACAACGAAGCACAAAACGCGAAGUUUUAAAGUGAACCAUAUUGUGUGCUGACAUUAGUGUGACUUUGGUUUGUGGGACGUGAGUUUGAUGACCGAAUUGUUUAAAGAAAUUAUGAUUGCAUUAUAAAGGCGAGUAGUGAUCAGAGUAUAGAAUAUUUGUAAUUGCUAUAAUCAAAAUGGAUUGGAGAACUCGGAAACCAGGCCCUAAACACCGGUGAAGACGUCGAGGCCACGGCCUUUUGAAAUAGGUAAUCAUGGAUAGAAUGAAUAGUAAUCCAGAAUCAACUUAUGCUGAUGGUUCUGAAGAACAAGUUUCGAAUUUGAAUACCAUCAGUGCUACAGAUAUAGACAACGUAACAAAGAAUAAAGAACAAGAGACAUUUUCUGUGAAAGAUGAGAAAAGUAGUGACAGUGACUCUAACAGUGAGGACGUGAGUUCUAAUGAUGAGCAAAAUAAUGUAAAUAGCGGUACUAACUCUCAGUUUUAUGAGAGUAGUGAUAGUAAGAUAGAUUACGCUGUAAAAAUAGAUGAUAGUGAUACUUUAAGCGAUAUAGAGGAUAUAAAGACAGACACAGCCUCUGCUGAUAGUGAAGAUUCUGCGCUAGGUAGCCUGCCGCCAGAUAGUAUACCUAAUGAUAGAGAAGAAGAAGUUCAAGAUCGCUCUGAUGGUAGCGACUCAGGUCUUGGAUCGGAAACAAAUGAAGAUUCUAAAAUACCUAGUUUUAAUCUCUCUCUCCCGUGUACAAGUGGUUUGAAUAAUAGCUCAUUAAACAAUGCGGAACAGAAAGAAGAAAAUCCAGAUGAAAUAAAAAAUGACAAAUCAGAUAUUGGUAGCCAUAAAUUAACUUCUCUUCAAAUAAAAACCCCCCAGAAAAGUAGCCUCAAAAGAAAACAUAAAGAAGAGACUGAAGAUGAACCACAGGUUAAAAGAAAGAAGGAAAAUAUCCAUUUUGACAAUGUCACAGUAUAUUAUUUUCCUAGAGCACAGGGAUUCACAUGUGUUCCUUCUCAAGGCGGUUCAACUUUGGGUAUGGAAUGGGAGCAUACACAUAUACAACAAUUUACUUUGACUGAACAUGCAUUAGAACAAAGACGCCUACACAGACAAAUUUUACAGCAGUUAAAGAACGAGCGACACUCUAUACAAGGGACAUCACUUUCAUCCAGUGAAGACAGUGAUACAGAAGAGGAAACUAGCGAUAUAUCUGAAUCAGAAUUAGACCUAGAUAGCUACUACUUUCUCCAGCCCAUACCAACCCGACAAAGACGAGCUUUGCUCCGUGCAGCUGGUGUCCGAAAAAUUGAAGCCUACGAAAAAGACGAGUGUAGAGACAUAAGAACUUCACGUGAAUUCUGUGGUUGUGCUUGUAAAGGUGUGUGCAAUCCAGAGAACUGUUCGUGUAGUUUGGGUGGUAUAAAAUGUCAAGUUGACAGAUUAAAUUUUCCAUGCGGAUGUACCAGAGAUGGAUGUGGCAACACUACUGGUCGAAUAGAGUUUAAUCCAAUUAGGGUUAGAACUCAUUUCAUUCAUACACUUAUGAGAUUAGGUCUUGAAAAAAAGAAUGAAGAAAAUCAAGCUGCAACUAAAAAGCAGUGGGCAGAAUCACAUAACGCUAAUUCUGUCUCAUGUAUAUCGAGCACUUCAUAUGAUCGAGAACGUUGUAUGAAUCAUGAAGAUGGUUUAUUACGGGACGUCAACUUAACACCAAGGGUGGAAGUUGAAUCUUGUGUAAAUACGGGGAGUUUUAAUAAUGUUCAUUGUAAUAUGAAUAACGCUGCAGUUCAUAGCAAUAUGCAAGAUGACCUGUCAUACGGUUACAUAAAUGAUAAUUCUGUUCACAGCAACAUAAACGAAAAUAGCAUUACGCAUUAUGAAAAUACGAAUAAUCAUCACAGUCACACGGGACCCUAUACAUCCAAUAUACUGCAGGGAAAAGGUCCGCCUUAUGGCACAGCAAAUACUAUGGGUUUUAAUGCCAUGUCAAAUAACAUGCAAAGGUUUCAAUGUGAUAUUAAUUAUGCAUAUGAUCAACAUGCAGAAAACCAUCACUUUAAAGGUUUGCAGAGCUUUUCGGCAUCCAGUUUCGAAGAAUUCGCUCAUAAUUCACAAAUGAGUAUGUUUAGUCACUACGGACAUAUGUAUGUCCCUGAGUACUUACAUAAACCAAAUGUAAAUAUAAACGAACAUAAUUCAUUACAAUAUCAACACGCCAUGGCUCAAAAUCAUUACGAUGCAUACAAAACUGCUACAGAGUGUACAAAUUCAGAAAACAAAAAUGAGGCGCAGUACACCACUUUGUUGUCAUCGCCGUAUCAAAGUAGCAAUAAGUUGCAACAUGCCGAAAAUGAUCAAAAUUGGUUCAGUCACAAUACCCUAUUGAGCUUGGACCACUCGGAUCACGCUACUCAAGAUGCUUCAGAAUUGCAAACUCAACCCGUUGAGGUGCCCACAGAAAGUAGCACUUCAGAACCCACAGAAAAUUUCGGAGAGCUAAUAAAGAAAACUAUGGUAGAAUCUGUUAUUGUGUAGAUGAAUUAAUUGUUGUCUUUUAAUCGUAAUAUUGAAUUAUCAUGUUAUUAAAUUUUUAAUUAUAUUAAUUGGAACUUCAAAGUGUACUUUUAACUAAAUAUACUCCUCUUAGUUA